GACACUUGUGUGGUGGUGGCCAGGGUUGGCAAGAUGCUAGUUUAUUCUGGACUAAAGCAUAUACCUCUUUCUCUCUCUCUAGAUACAAUAUAUAUCAAAGUAUUAGAAUUAUCAAGAAACUAGUGGGUAGAAUAAAAUGGAAGGAGUGCUGGGGUUAUGGAAGUUGCGAGUGAAGAGAGGGAUCAAUCUUGUGGCUCGUGACACCAAAAGCAGUGACCCUUAUCUUAUUGCAACCUUGGAUGGCCAGAAAACAAAGACUAAAGUCACCAAGGAUAGCUGUAACCCUGAGUGGAAUGAUGAAUUAACUCUUACCAUGAGGGACCCGGAUGCUCCAAUACAUAUUGCUGUGUACGAUAAAGACAUGUUUAGUAACGAUGAUAGCAUGGGAGAAGCGGAAAUAGAUGUAAAGCCAUACAUAGAAUGCCUUAGAACGGGUGGUUUGAACCCGAACAACGUCCCAAAUGGUACUAUACUCCGCUGUGUUCAACCGACGGUACACAAUUGCCUAGCCAAAGAGAGCUCUAUCCUUUUAGAGGAUGGAAAAAUUGUUCAAGACAUGAACCUUAAAUUGAGAGGCGUUGAAUGCGGUGAGGUUGUAAUCCAAUUAGAGUUGGUUCUUCUUCCCGGUCAAAAUUUAGGUGUAUAGAUAACCUUAUGGUCGUUGGAUUAUCCUUCCUAAAUCCUAAUAUAAUGAAAAUUGUAGUAGCACAGUUAAACAUGGCUAUGGUUAUGCUUUGAAAGAAUAUUGGUGUUGGAUUUUGGAAUU